AUGAAUUCCGGCUUUCCCGGCGGCGUCCCGGACUUCUACUCCGGCGGCCGCGCUCUGCCUAACAUCAUGAGCGGCGGCGCUUUCAACGCCAACCUCAACUCCCAGCAGCAAUUCUCCUUCCGCUCGCCGCUCGCCAGGCUCCCGCUCGACCCGACGGCCCAGAUCCGCCGACCCGACUUCAUCGGAAAGAGGUCGCUCGCCGAGUUCCAGCAGCAAAAUCAAGGGAUGGGAUUCUAUCCUCGGAACGUGAAGCAGAGGCCCGCCGGCAGCUACCCGGAGAUGUCCUCCGGCAACCCAUGGUACGGCCUUUCGAUCCUAAAUCACCACCGCCUGCAGCCCCUGUCACUUUUAAACAGAAACGGCGGCACUAAUGGGUCGGUCGGGGCUCCGAUUCCAAUUCCGGGUCCUAAUGUAAGUAGUUCGAAUUCGGGCUCAGGCCAGGAGGAGUCUGCCAGAGAUCAGUCGGAAAAGAGCUUGAUGAUGAGCCACAAGCUGCAGGAGCUCGAAAAGCAGCUUCUCGGCGACGACGACGACGACGACGACAGCGACACCGUCGCCUCCGCCGUCACCGACAGCAAGUGGUCUGACGCUAUCCAGGGCCUGAUCGGCCCGGCCCGAAAGCCCAUCUCCCCUUCUCCGACCUCCUCGUCCUCUUCCUGUUCUUCCACAUCGGCCUCACCGCCGCUGCCCUGCCCGAAGCAGGCCCUCGUCGACGCCGCCGCCGCGAUCUCCGACGGACGCCCGGCGGCCGCCGCCGAGAUGCUCGCCCGCGUCCUCCAGCAGGCGGCGAACCGGCAGGGGACCCCCGAGCAGCGGCUCGCGGCGUACAUGGCGGCGGCGCUGAUGCCGCGCGUGGGCCCGGCGAGGCCGGCGCCGGAGACCCACGGGAAGGAGGGCGCAGCGGCUGCGCAGAUGCUGUACGAUGCCUCGCCGCCCUUCAAGCUCGGGUUCAUGGCGGCAAACCUGGCCAUCCUGGAGGCUACGGCGGAGCAGGGGCUGGGGAGGAGAAUCCACGUCGUGGACUUCGACAUCGGGCAGGGCGGGCAGUACGUGCACCUGCUCCACGCGCUCGCGGCGAAGGUGAAGGCAGCCGAACCCCAGACGCGCCACGGCGCGUCCCUGAAGAUCACGGCCGUAUUGGACAACCUCACCGCCGGCGCCGGCGCGGAGCAGAAAUUGAAUAUCGUCGGCGAGGGCCUCCGAGCGCUGGCGAACAGAAUCGGGGUCCGGCUGGUGUUCAGCGUGAAGAAACUGGAAAUCGUGGAGCUGACGCGCGAGAGGCUGGGAGUUGCGGAGGGGGAGGGGGAGGCCCUGGCCGUGAACUUCGCGUUCCGGCUGUACCGUCUGCCGGACGAGAGCGUGACGACUGAGAAUCUCCGGGACGAGAUGCUCCGACAAGUGAGGGGGUUGUCGCCGGAGGUCGUGGCGGUGGUGGAGCAGGAGGUGAACACCAACACGGCCACGCUUGCGGCGCGUGUACGGGACGCGUGGGAGUACUACGGGCUGCUGCUGGAUUCGCUCGAGUUGACUCUGGCCCGGGACAGCCCGGACCGGGUCCGGAUCGAGGAGGGGCUGGGCCGGAGGAUGGUCAACGCGGUGGCCUGCGAGGGCAUGGACCGGGUCGAGAGGUGCGAGGUGUUUGGGAAGUGGCAGGCCCGGAUGGGCAUGGCCGGGUUCCAGCCGAGGCAGGUGAGUCGUCUCGUGGUGGAAUCGCUGAGGGCGAAGGUGAACUCCGGGACACGUGGCAACCCAGGAUUCACUGUGAACGAGGAAUCGGGCGGCGUGGGGUUUGGUUGGAUGGGGCGGAAUCUGACGGUCGCGUCUGCUUGGCGUUGA